UUUCUCAUUCAUCAAACGAUAAUCAAACUGAUCAAAGCCAUUGUGUUUUACCAUUCACUUGUCAACUGUGCGAUCGAAAACGUCUUUUUUGUUUUGUUUUUGUUUCUUAAUCAAACAUUGGCCGAUCUGUUUGGCCCCCACAUAAUUGUGUGCAUAUAUGUGAAAAGGUGUUUAAGAUUCUGUUUUAUGUGGAAUAGUUGAUGACCAUGAUGGGCGUUAAAGAUGAUGCUACAGAAUUGGAAUGUAAUACUUCUGCAGAUGGUAGCGAUGUAUCGCUAAGACUUUUAGACGAAAAUGAUAAACUAAAUAAACGCCUAUUAUUAUUACGUGAUGAAUAUAUUAAACUGCAGAGGAAAUAUCUUGCUUUGCAAAAUCGUUACGAUCAUUUGAUGGUGACCGGUAAAUUCUCUGAUAUCAACGACGAAACUAACCAUGUCGAUAGUGGUGGUGAUGGUCGCUGUCUUUCCCUUAAUGGAGGCAAUUUCGUAGCCAAUAUCGUUAAUUUCGUCGGAUCACUGUACAAUAAUCGGCUAUAUUCUGAUUUACAAAUCGAUUAUGGCAAUGGCCAGUGUCAGCUAUUUGCUCAUAAGUUUGUGCUCAAAUUUCGUUCACAGAAUUGGUCGGUUCCGGACUUGGAUGCAAUCGAUAGGCUUUACUUUCCCGAAAUGACUGCUCGAAUUGUUGAGCCUUUAUUUCGUUGGGUAUACACUGGCCACAUCGAUACUCGUUUGUUUGACCAAGAAUUUGCCGUUGAACUAGCCAAACACGCUGUUCGAUUUGAAUUAAAACCAUUGGUCGAGCAAUGCGAACAAUGGUUGCUAGCAUACGUACAGGUGGAAAAUUGUAUCUAUUUUUAUCAAAUCUCCGAACAACUGGCCCUUUCUCGGUUGUGCGACUAUGCGGCCAAAUUAGUAUCUAUUCAUUGGGAUUCGCUAGGCGAAAAUGAUUUUGCUAAUGUAUCGACUCCAUUUUUGCAUCGUUUGUUCGUUGAAAAAUCUCGUUAUCCACUUCAUAAAGCCAUCUAUAUUCACAAUGAAGAUCUCAUUUUUUUGCUUCUCAUGGACUAUGAGCCGCAUGAAACCGUACACAAAGUAAACGAAUUAGAUAAUUUAAGCCAACUACCACUAGAUAUGGCUCUUCGCACUGGUCAAUGGUCGGUGGCAAUGACUCUUCUCGAGCAUCAAGCCAACCUGAACGUUUGUGAUUCUGGUGGAUGGCCUCUCUCACUACGAUAUCUGAACGAACGCAAAUGGCAGACAUGUCGUUUUUUGAUUCAACAAGGAGCUUCUGUUAAUUCUACGACCCCUGAAAACGGGGAUUCGCUUUUACAUUUAUGUGCCGAUUGUCAAUCAUCAGACAAUAAUGAUAUGUUGGAUAUUAGUCGUCUUCUUUUAGAACGCGGAGCCGACGUCAAUCAAACAAACUGCGAAGGCAAUGGAGUGCUUCAUCGAUGCAUCGAACGUCGUAAUCAAGCAUUGUUUGAUCUGUUACUUGAAAAACACACCGCUAACGAACUGAAUUUGGAUCUGGAAAUGACAAAUUGUCAACACGACACGCCACUGGCAAUGGCCGUUGAGUUGAUAGAUCGCUAUGAUGAUGAUCACUAUGCACACAGCCUGUUGAAACUAAACGUAUCAUUGGAUACGGUUCGAUUGGCCGAACCGGGCGACUCACUUCUUAAUCAUUGCGGCCGCAAUAGUUUGCAAAAAGCAGCUCUGUUUCUAGUAGAACACGGAGCCAAUGUUAACCUGGUCAACAAUCUAGGCGAAUCCAUACUGCAUCUAGGUAAGUGGAUAGAGUUGCGAAAAUUCACAUUACUCACCUGUUUGUUUUUAGCCUCUAAAAAUGGUUUAAAAGAUCUUGUGUGGCUAUUACUUGAAAAAAAUGUCAAUUGCAAUUUAGUCACUCUACCCUCAUUGAACAAUGACUGCCAUAAAGAUGGCCAAGAAGUCGUUUACAAUCAAACUGCACUUCAUUUAGCCAUCCUUGGCGGCCAUGAUGCUAUAGUCGAGCGAAUCCUUUCAUUUCAUGAGGGAUGGUCACGCAAAGGUUGCUUAGAUUCAGCGCUCCUUACACCAGAUGUGGACGUAAAAAACUCGCAUCACCAAACACCGAUGAGUCUUGCUGUUGAAACCGGUCGAAUCAGUGUAGCCGAAAUGCUUAUUCAGGCUGGAGCCGAUGUGAACAUUAAAGACUUCAAUGGAAUUUCACUUCUGCAGCGAAUGAUCCAACAAGGCAAUGAUAAUGGCGCUCAAUUCCUUCUUGAACACGGUGUCGAUAUUAAUGCUCGGUGUGCCGAUAGCGGCGAAAGCUACCUCGAAUGUGCAAUACGUCACGGCAGAGCUGAAAUAGUAGAAUCGUUAUGUCGAUUAGGUUCAAACGUACACGAACCAAGCAUUGACGGUGAUAGCCUAUUGUGGAAAGCCCUUAAACGAGAUGAUUCGAACAAAUUGGCUGCUAUCCUUGUUCAAUAUGAUUGCGAUCCAAACGGCUGGCACCAGUCAACAGAAGGUGGAUUCAGCCAAACAUUGCUGCACCGUGCAUUGGAUGAGAACAACCAACGAGCUGCCAUAUUCCUGAUACAAAGUGGCUGUGAUAUACAUGCAAUCCGUAAGCCGGGAACUGACGGCCAAGGUAAAGAAGACUGUGAUGGACAAACUCCGCUACACAUGGCUUGUAGCUGGGGCAUGGCAGAAGUUGUCGAAACAUUAAUCAAUCUGGAAGUAGACGCAAAUUUAGUCGACCAGGAAGGCAAAACGGCUUUGCAUAUUGCCAUUUUGAAUCAGAACCAUCAGAUCAUUGAUCUAUUGCUCAAUUAUUCAGCCUGUGAUGCCCACAAAGCGGACAACUAUGGCCUGACGCCUUUCGCGUUGGCCAUCAAGCUCAAAUCUCGACCAACUGCACAGGCGCUCUGUCGCCGAGAUUGUGACAUAGCCGAACAACGAGAUGGCAAAGGUCGUACCUAUCUACAUGUUGCCUUGCAACGCAACGACUACGAUGCCGUCCUUUUCCUGCUUGACAAUGGUGUCAACGUCAAUUGUCGUGUGGCCGAUUCACAACGUAAGGCACCAUUACAUCUUGCAGCCGAAACUGGCUCGGAAAUAAUUUUACGAACCCUUGUGCUUGCCGGCACCGAAUUGAACGUAGUCACACAACAGAAUCAAACAGCUCUGCACCUGGCUUCUGAUUUGGACAAGUAUCAAAUGGUGGAAAUACUGCUCGACAUGGGCAUCGAUGCUAGCGUCCAAGACUCAAAUGGCAAUACCGCAUUGCAUCUAGCCGCAAUGAAAGCCCAUCACAAUACUUGCCGUGUACUAAUGGAACGAGGAUCGCGCCCUGGUUGCCGACCAUUGGAUGUUCGUAUCAGUAACAACCGGGGUCAUAACGUAUUUCAUUGUCUAUCUACAUCAGCCAACAAAGUGGCCGCGAGCGCCAUCUUCGAAGAAUUGGUUGCCAACUUUACAGAUUUGGACCUUGAUGGCCGAGACAACGAUGGCAAUACGCCUCUAUUGCUGGCCUAUAUGAACGGUAACAGUAAAUUAUGUCGAUCGAUUGUAAAGGAAGGUGCAGCCUUGGGAAUUCGAAACCAUCAGGGCGUGUCUAUAUUCAACCACGUGAUGCCAACUCGACAACUACUUACCUCUUUAUUGGAUUCGUUGGCCCGAAUGCCUCAGUGGCGCGAUGGACCCGAAUGCCUGGAAUGUGGUCAGAAAUUCAACAUAACAAAUAGACGUCACCACUGUCGACACUGUGGUCGCGAACUUUGUUCCAGAUGUUCGUCCAAAGAGAUCCUAAUCAUGAAAUUCCAAUCGGACAAACGUUCAGUACAAAGUCGUGUAUGCGAACUAUGUUACGAUGUGCUAACUUUGGGCGCUUUUAAUUAAUAAUCCGUGACCAAUAAAAACUUGUCUUUCGUCUGACCGAUUAAA